GUUCCAUCCAAACGUUAUAAUGGUCGUAUAGAAGACACGUCCGGUUCGGGAGCGAGCUGAAAAUUCCGUUUUUCUUCGCCGGGAAUUUGUUUUUCUUUUCGCGACGCGUACACAUUACCUUCUCGCUUCUUGGAACUGCCCUUUCCCGGUAUCGCGUGUUCCGUCGUUUCUCUUUAUGUCCGGCGUAAUUUCCGCAUUGAAAGAAAAACCGUUAGUGUUCUGACGCAUUAUUCAAAUCUCUGGAAAAUUAGACGUCCCGUCGCUGUUACAGGUGUUUUCGCGUAGCUCUCUAAGUGAAAAGGCAAUUCGUUUAUCGUUUUUUUAAAAAAUAUUGGGAUUAGUGACCUCGGGUAAUUUCAAGGACGUCGGGUGCCAAGAAAGAGGUUCCAAUUGAUAAGAAACGAACCCAGCCAGUUCGCUCGAAACCAAGCACGUUUUUCUAGUCAUUUACGUAAUAAUUGCAUCUCGUACGUUGACAAUGGACCAACGGAAUGGUAGUUCUUUGUGUCGGAUUUCGAUGGUAAAGUAGUUCGAUGAACCACUGUGGUGGCUUUCGAAGCAUCUGCUUAGCGCUGCGACUACAUCUGCCGUUGAACGGAUAUACUUUUGACAAUUUGUGUUUUUGUGCGAUUCGCAAAGAGAGUUUCAAUUUCGAAUAGUAUCGUUUUGUUGCUGGCGUAAUGGGAAAUCACCCAUCGAAUCACAUUCCUUUGGAAAGAAACCGAGAUGUCGGCAAGUUCGGUGAUGCUCAUACGAGGCGCAGCCUUCGGUCCCCUCGCAAAAUGGACAGAUUGCGAAGGUCCUUUAGGGAUUCCUUCCGCAAGCGGAAGGAUCGGAUCCCUGAAAGCUCAAAACCGCACCAGUGGCAGGCUGACGAAUGCGCCGUUAGAUCGGGUACCUGUACCUUUGCGGUCAAGUAUUUGGGGUGCGUCGAGGUGUUUGACUCCAGGGGGAUGCAAGUAUGCGAGGAGGCGCUUAAAGUAUUGAGGGGCUCAAGAAGGAGGCCCACUCGUGCAGUUCUUCACGUUAGCGGCGAUGGACUGCGGGUGGUCGAAGAAGAAACCAAGGGAUUAAUUGUAGAUCAAACUAUCGAAAAAGUCUCAUUUUGCGCGCCAGAUAGAAAUCACGAAAGGGGGUUUAGUUAUAUCUGCCGAGACGGUACCACAAGACGGUGGAUGUGUCAUGGGUUUCUAGCUCUUAGAGAAUCGGGCGAAAGGUUGUCCCAUGCGGUAGGCUGUGCGUUUGCUGUGUGCUUAGAAAGGAAACAAAAAAGGGACAAGGAAUGCGGGGUCACCAUGAUGUUCGAUACGAAGAACAACACCUUUACAAGAACCGGAUCGUUUAGGCAGCAGACUAUGACUGAAAGAGCGGUCGACGUUCCUUCCGCACCCAAAGCACCACCAGUCAAUCCGUUCGCCAUAGAGAGACCACAUGCCACACCGAGUUUGCUCCAACGACAGGGUAGCUGUCGAGGUUUCAGUACUCUAGGCCAAAAUUCGCCGUUCAAGCGACAGAUGUCGCUGCGGGUCAACGAUUUGCCAAGCAAUACCGCCCGUUUGAAUCAGUACAAAUCGCCCACGUCCCCGACGGCGAAUGGGACGCUAGAUUCGAAGCCAGUGUCGCCGAUACCUGAGGUAUCGCCGGCCGACUCAGUGACAGCCCUUUGUCAACAACUUUCACAAGGUUUAAGUCAAUUAACUCAUAGCGGAUCAGACGACUUCAACUUCAACAACAGCACAUCUUUAAAUCAAAAUACUAUUAAUCUCAACGUCACCACCAUCAAUAACACAUUCAAUCAGUCGAUAACUUCUACGCCAACUACCUCUACUACAACGAUAACUCCUGUUAGUCUCAGUUUUAGCCCUAAUAUUAAACGUAAUACUUCAAACAUAACUCCCAUUGCUAUUCGAUCGCAAAAUACCAGUAUUACUACUACAGCAAACACCUUGCCAAAGCCUGAACAAUGGUUAGGGCAAAUAGUAAAAUCUACAUCUCCAAGGCCUGGAAGAAUGGAUGGUAGUUCACCCAGACGAGCGCCAUCAUUUACUUCUAGAGCGAUGAGUCUGGACUCAGCGUCGGAAAAUUUAAAGCCUAAACAGCCGGAUCCCUUCGAUGCUGAAUGGGCAGAUUCGGCGACAAGGCAGGGUUCUAGUACAAAUCCUUUCCUAUCACCAAAUACCACUCCCACUGCCUUCCAAAUACAACUUUAAUGGCCCAUGGGAGCUGGUCGGUAGUUUUUAAAAAACGUAAAAUUUUACGAUGUUUAUGGUCGUUGUUAUUUGUUAUAUUUAUUUAGAAAUUUUUUAAUUUUUGCGAAGCACUGGUGAUAGAUUUGAAAAAUUGUCCUAAGCGUGUACGCCCUUUCGAUAACAUACGAAAAUCAAAUUGACUAUUUAGGUUUUUCGUUAUUGUCAAAAAUACUAAAUUGGAAAAGGCCGUGAUCCAUAACAUCAGAAAAUAAAUUGCAGUGAUGCAAACGUCACCUUGUGUUGAUGGCAAAUCGACCUUAUACUCAAAGGAAACCCAUAACGCUUGUGUAGCCAACAUCAACAGCACAUUCUGAACGCGCAUGAAUGUUGAUUUUUUCUUUGGAGGAUUAACGCCAUAAACCUAUGUGAUAUCUAAGAUCCUUUGCUAAAUAGCAAUAGUGACACAACUCCUUUUAAUUUUUUUUUGGUCAGACCUAUUUUGCAAAACCAGGUUUGUUGUAUCUUAAAAAGUAUGAAGGUUAUAAGACCAAGACUAAUUCCUAUGAAGGUUUUUCUUUCAAAAAACCUUUUAUCAUUAUUUUCAUUUCUCAAUUUAAUUUUAUGCAUUCAGCAAAUAAGUAAGUCUUUAGAGCAUACACAGCUUGAGCUGUUUUUUAUUUGCUGUCUCAGUUAUAUGUAACGUGGCUUGGUACUUGUGGAUUUCAGAAAAUAUUAAUCAUUUUUUCUGUGUAAAUUGACUACUACAAAGAAACUUUCAUAUGCGACUGUAAUACUAUUUACAGGUUCCGAUUACUCCCGCGUCGGUUGCUAAUGAAUCGAAUCUGUUGGCUUCACCCAAAUCUAAACCAGUUUCAGUUAGGUAAAGUUCAGCUAGUUUGAUUUAUCAGCAAUCGAUUCAGAAGCAAUCCAGAAGAUGUGUAAAUGGUAUCAUUCCUAUUAUUGAUAAGGACCAAUUAUUUUUAUAUUUUCCAUGUUAACCCAUCGAAGUUUUUGUUUAUUCACAAAACAGUACGUAUCUAAGAGCAGAUUUUGGACAUUUGAUACAGUGACAUUUGAAUCACUUUUCAAUGUUGCAAUUUUUGCUUAUUUUUACAACUAGUUCAUUUUUGUAGUAGAUUAUUAAAUGGCGUACAUCUAAUUUUUGUUUAUGUUGGCUGCUGUUUUUUACGCAUUUUAUGAGUAACGUCGUAAUCGUCACGUAUCAUUCAUUGGUCAAUUGUUAUUGCAACUCACAGUGAUGUGGAAGGUAAUGCUGUAGAAUCUUGUUAAGCAGUGUCGGAUAUAGAAUAUCGAAUAUAUUAUUUUUUCUUUUUUAAUAAAACAAUUCUACAUUUAUGUAUGCAAAUAUAUCAAACUAAACCUUGCAGGCGCUGCAUAUAAUUUACGGAUAAAUGCUCCAUCUCUCCAUCCAUCUCCAAAGGUAUAAAUACUGCGCUACUGAAUAAGGACAAUAUUACUUUUAUAUCCCAAUUAGUCUAAGAUCAUCAUGUGUGCGUUUUUCGAAUAAUAUUUCCAACGGGGUUUAAUUUUUACAAAAGUUGGUCCCUAAAAAAGAUUCGCAAAUACUAAUUUAUAAAUUUGUAUUAACAACAGCAAUAAAAUUUUGUUAUUAAUUUGGAGUUUCAAACGAUUUUAUUGUGUUUUUUUUUUAUUUACCAUCAUUUCCUAUUUUUAUUUUUAAAUAUUUCUUUCAACCAGAAUUUGCUAUUUUUGUCCAGUUACAGGCUAUCCCCGCUAACUGAAUAAUCAAAUUUGUCUUUCAUUCGAACUUUUAUUGAACAGAAAACUGUUUUAUGGCGUUAUUUAAAAAAAAAGGAUUCUACAGGAUUGCUUUGUGACACAUUUCGUAAUGUUUAUCUCGUAAUGGGAAUUACUUUGUGUUUAUUUCAGCUACAAAAUUCUGGCAAAUUUGCUAUUCUGUUUCCAGUAAAAGUAUGUGGCAAUGAAGUUUACUUUUGGUAAUUGCUUCAAAGUUACACUACUUUACCAAAUAAUAGUCGAUUGUAAAUUCAUAUUAUUUUUUUAUUUUUCAUUUGUUAUGCCGCCUUAUGAGGUUUAAUUGAAGUAGUUAUGUUGGUUUUUUGAUAUACAAACAGUAUUAAAGAAAAUUAAUUCUUGCAAACUCUUUGAUGGACAAUUUACCUAAGUAAGUAUGCCAGGACUGAAGGUGCAAUUGUGUAUUUAUCAAGGCACAGUAAUUUAUACUUUGGAACAUCAAUAAAAAAUUAAACAGAGUAAAAGCAAUAAAUACACCUUGAGAUGGAUUCUUUAAAACUAUGUAAAACUUCGUUAAAUCGCUAAUGUUAAAAAAUUUGUUGAAAUUUAAAUGUUUUCGCCGGACUGAAUUGUUUCUGGUAUAAAAAAAGAUGGCAGGAUUUUCCCUGUGGGUGAUUUAUAAAUAAGAUUAUUAAAUGUGUAUAUAAAAGUUUGAAUGUAUAUUAACACCAUGAAACUUUCCAGUGCACUGUUUUAAAAUUUGCGUAAAUCAGAUCGAGCUACUUGUUUAUGUACAGGAUGUGAUAAAUUAAUCAACUAAGAUUGAGGAAAAUUGAAAAAAUAUUUAUCAUUAUGAAUAUAUUUAUUACACUCUUAACAAAUUAACAUCGAAGUGUGUAGAUUUUGUUGAGAACUAAUACUUUUAAAGUGUUUAAGCUUUGAUUAUUAGUUAUCUACAGAAAUCGACGCUUAUAAAGUUUUUUUUGUGCUGUGUUAUGUUCAAUUACAAGAAAUUAGCUACGAAUGCUGUACUGCCAACGGGUAAUAACAAAUUUAUUCGCGGCAUAUUAGGAAUACGCACAGUCAAUUUGAUGCAAAGUCCUGUUUGGGAUCAACAAUUUUUGAUGUAGUUUAAAACUCUCAUUCCAUAUUUAAAAAAUGCAUUUAAGCAGUGAUUUGUUUAUUUUUACGAAAAAAUUACCGUCCCUGAAAAUGUUUUGAAAAUUUACCUAUGCAAGUUAGGUAUGUUAUUUAAUUGAAGACAUUAAAUAAAAUUGUUUGAAAAAUGUCUGAUGCUGUAAUUAUAUUAGCAAAAUGAUCUUCAUUAACAAUAGGUUUGUAUAUAUGUAUUUUAUAUAGCUGUUUUUCUUUUGCUAUUUAACGUUAUAUCGGGAGCAGCCGUCAAUUUGCAUAUACUUAAAUUCUUGUGGAGUUUGUUUUGUAAUAAUAAGAAGAGAAUUCGUGAAACAUAAACGCCUAGUUACUUACUUGAUAACUACUUAAUAGUGUUUCUAAAUGUUAAAACGUUAGAGCAAAGCUAUUUUAUUGUUCGAUAAAUUUCCCGUUACUUUUUUGUAUGGAGCACGCGCGCUCUGUCUUUGGGCACAUGUACUUAUGUAUACAAAUGUAUUUUUUAGAAACAAUUCCUCUGUAAUAUAUAGAAAUAUAAGUAUUA